AUGUCACUGUGGGCCCAGAACAUCACCUCUUCUGCACCAGCACUGUCAAGCGGUAUUGCAAGAACACUUGCAAACUCAGAUCUAACCAUGAAGGUCCUUGCCGUGCUCGUCCUAGCCGUCUUCACUGGCUGCAAUGCCAACCUCAUGUUCGCUGAUGCACCCAAGCCUCAGCUGGAUGUGCUGACUGAUGCAUUCUGGGAGUACGUCGGCAAGGCCACCACGACCGCCGAUGACACCCUCCAGAUGGUCAGGUCAUCUCAGUUUGGACAGGAUGUCAGUGCUCGUCUCACCGAAAGUGCAGUCUUGGCUGGCAAAUACGCCACCUCCAUCCAGGAACAGCUGCCCCCUGCCGCCCAGGACAUGCUCACCAAGGUCACCACCGAAGCCGAUGUGCUGAGAGAGCGCGUGGCCCAGGAAUUCAGCUCCGUCCAAGGCCAGCUGGAGCCCUACACCGAGCAGAUGAAAGCCCAGAUCCAGCAGCGCGUGGACCAGCUCAAGCAGGAACUGGCCCCUUACGCCGACUCCAUGGACGCCGAGGGUCUGAGAACCGCCCUGGUCCAGAAGAGCGAGGAGCUGAAGGCCAGCCUGGAGCAGAGCGUGAAGGACCUGCAGACCCAGCUGGGACCCUACACCGAUGACCUCAAAGUCAAAGUGGACCAGCACCUGCAGGACUUCAAGGAGAACGUGGCCCCCAUGACCGAGAAGGUGCAGACGGAGCUGACCCAGCGCGCAAAGCAGGUUCAGGAGCUGGCCGCACCCUACGUGGAUGACCUGAGGGAGAAGCUCGACCCAUACGCACAGGACCUGCAGGCACGCCUCACCGCUCUCUACGAGUCCUACGUCAAGUCCAACUAA